UGUCACCGUGUAUCUGAGGUUUCUUCCCGACCAUCAUGUCGUCUCAACUUUCUAUUGAUCCCGUUAGGCCUGCAGGGUUCCUUCCUGAGGAAACCAUUCUUGCGCUUGGUCGUGACGUGCUGGAGUCGACCAAGACUUGGAAAGUGGGAAAGACCUUUGCAAAGGGCACCGUCCGAACACUAUCCCGCGCAAAGGGACCAGGGGAUGGAGCACCUUGGCAUUGCAGAGUUUCCGAGCACACCAAGGAGGACGCGACGUUCGAUGAGUUUUGGAGCAAAAUUGGCACCAACAAACCUGAGAACGAGAAGGAGUUCAUUUCUGCAAUCAAGAAAGUGACGCUAGUCAAGCGAAUCUCAGACACUCAGUCCAUCUGGACAAUGUACUACACUUUCCCUCCCCCCGUCUCUCCGCGUGUCUUCACUGUCUUGCAAACGAUACACCUGAAUGAGUCAUCUCCAAGAACUGCUAUGAUAGUUUCGAUUCCGGUGGACUUGUCUGGGCCAGGAGACGAAGAAUUUGCCAGGCUUGAAGAGAAAGGUAUAAAGGGACGGUAUGUCUCCGUCGAACGCUUACUCGAGUUGGACGACGGCAUAGUAGAGUGGCGGAUGGCAACGUCCAGUACACCUGGAGGGAGUAUUCCGAGUUUCAUCGCGGAGGGCAGCAUGCCAGCUCAAAUAUCUGCGGAUGUUCCUCAUUUCUUGAAGUGGUUCCAUACCAUUCGCAAUGAAGGAAAUGCAUAACUUGAUAGUUGGAAUUAGCAGUAUCUGAUAGUAGAUGGGCCGUAUAUAUGCGCUUGUCCAAAGAAGAGGACGUCAUAUCAUACAAAUCUAAUUAUUUAUUGUUCAGGA